AUGAAUUAUCGGAGGCUCUCCAAAACUUCUCGAUACAUUCCACCGACAUGGAAGCCCGGGUACCAAGCUGAGGCGGAUGAGCCACUGGUGUUCCAAGCUCAAGAAAAACCCAAAAAAGAAAAGAAGGAGGCUUUUAGACUGGAAAAGGGGGAGAAGAAGAAACAUGCGGCUCAAAAAGUGAAGAAAACAGUCGAACCAAAGGAAAAAGAGAUUGUGGGAGAAAGCUCUGGACAGGCUCCAACUUUACCACCAUGGAAAGAAAACAGAGGUGGAGGGGGCGGCGGAGAUGGAGGGGGCGGCGGAGGUGGGGUGGAGGUGGAGAGGUGGCGGGGCGGAGGAGGUGGGUGUCGCUGGAGGAUUGCAAUGGGUGCUAGGGUUUUGAGGUUUGAAAGGGAGAAGAGUUUUGAAGAGCCUGGUCCAGAUCUGCACGAGGAAGACAUCAAGAAGUUUUUUAGUGAAAUGUCUUCCAAAAAACAAACACGCUGCAGACCCAAAG